CACAAAAUACUAGGUACUCAACUUUCUAUUAAUAUUAUAAUAAUCACUAAUUAGCCGGCCAGUAUCAUGCUUGUAAUAAUGUAACACUCUUUGAACUCUAUCUAAUCACUUUUCCUUCAACUCAGUCACACUAUAUAUAUCAACAUUUUCUCACAAACUAAAUCUCAUCUUAGUAUCAUUCAAUCAUUCUUCCCUUUGUCACUCUCACAACACUUUCUUACUUUCAUCCCAUAAUUUGGUUUUCUUCUUUGUUCACUUAAGAAUAUGGUUACAGUUAAUGAGAUCCGCCAGGCACAGAGAGCUGAAGGCCCUGCCACUGUGUUUGCAAUAGGCACUGCAACUCCUAAAAACUGUGUUGAUCAGAGUACAUACCCUGACUACUAUUUCCGAAUCACAAACAGCGAACACAAGACUGAGCUCAAAGAAAAAUUCCAGCGCAUGUGUGACAAAUCUAUGAUUAAGAAGAGAUACAUGCAUUUGACAGAAGAGAUUUUGAAGGAGAAUCCAAGUUUAUGUGAGUACAUGGCACCUUCAUUGGAUGCAAGACAGGACAUGGUGGUUGUGGAAGUACCAAGGCUAGGAAAAGAGGCCGCAACAAAGGCCAUCAAGGAAUGGGGUCAACCUAAGUCCAAGAUUACUCACCUAAUCUUUUGCACCACAAGUGGUGUGGACAUGCCUGGUGCCGACUAUCAGCUCACAAAGCUUUUAGGCCUUCGUCCACAUGUGAAGCGGUAUAUGAUGUACCAACAAGGUUGUUUCGCUGGUGGUACGGUGCUUCGUUUAGCUAAAGACUUGGCUGAAAAUAACAAAGGUGCUCGUGUAUUGGUGGUUUGUUCAGAGAUCACUGCAGUAACCUUUCGUGGUCCGAGUGACACCCAUCUUGAUAGUCUUGUGGGACAGGCGUUGUUUGGAGAUGGUGCGGCAGCUGUGAUUGUUGGUUCAGAUCCGUUACCAGAAGUUGAGAAGCCUUUGUUUGAAUUGGUAUGGACCGCACAAACAAUCGCUCCUGAUAGUGAAGGAGCCAUUGAUGGUCACCUUCGUGAAGCAGGGUUGACAUUCCAUCUCCUCAAGGAUGUUCCUAGCCUUGUCUCAAAUAACAUUGAGAAAGCUCUUGUUGAUGCAUUUCAACCUUUGAAUAUCUCUGAUUACAAUUCGCUCUUUUGGAUUGCACACCCUGGUGGACCAGCAAUUCUUGACCAAGUUGAAGCUAAGUUGGGCUUAAAGCCAGAGAAAAUGCAAGCCACUCGAAAUGUACUUAGCGAAUAUGGUAACAUGUCAAGUGCGUGUGUGUUAUUCAUAUUGGAUGAGAUGAGGAGGAAGUCAAAAGAAGACGGACUUGCUACAACAGGCGAGGGACUUGAAUGGGGUGUGCUUUUCGGUUUUGGACCAGGACUCACUAUCGAGACGGUUGUGCUCCAUAGCGUGGCCAACUAAAUCCACACGUUUUACUAAGGGAACAAGUUCUAUUUUUCCCCCACGCUCUUUUCUUUUUCACCCAAAAAGCGAAUGUUUUCCUUCUUUCUUUGUGGUUCCUAUCCCUAUAAUUGAUCAUCAUUAUCACUAUGUUACAUAAACCUUUAAUUAUCUGUUAUCUGAUAAGAUCUUCAGAUAAAAUAAAUGUAUUGAUUCAGUUCAUAAUAAAUCCAUCAAACAUGUACAAUGAAACAUUUUCUCCAACCAUUGGAACAUCAAUCAACUCCAUUUCAUCAAUGGAUCGUUGAAACUUAAUAAAAUCAAUGCAAUCCUCAACCAGAUUAACUCUUUUUAUUUCAUAUCUGUUAACUACAACACUGAAUUCUACGCUAAUAAACCAUAAGAUGUCAUUAAUGAAUCCCUUCUUCAGUAUAAUUUCACUUCUUACAUAUAACUUUUCAUUUAGAAUGUAGUUCCUUGAAAUAAUAAUGCACUAAGCAUUGAAUAAUAGAGUAAUCAUGAGUAAUAGAGAGAAGGUGUAAGCUAGAAGAAAAAAGAUGCACAUGUUUAAUAGAUGUGUUAUUGUUGGAACAAAGUUCACAUCACAUUGGUGUGUGAAUUGAAAAUAAAAUUGAGUCACA